UUCAUCUUAAUUUGACAUUUCGGUUAUUAUUUUCGACAAUUUACUUUUCGACUUUGAGUUCCAUACAUAUCCCCACGAAGUAUACAAUAUUUAAUAUUAUCCUAGAAUUAUUUGUUUGUUUUAAAAACUGUUUUUAAUUUCCAAUAGCUGGCCUUUCAAGCCUCUCAAAACUGUUGGUGCCGCAGCCACUGCAGUCCCCUUUUCACAACGUCACAUGUCCUUCGGAAUCUGGAAAUAUCGUCCAUUUGAAACACCAUGUCUAUCCAGGUGACAGAAGCGGACCAGGUUAAACAGUUUAAAGAAUUUCUUGGCACCUACAACAAACUCACCGAGAACUGCUUCAUGGACUGUGUGAAGGAUUUUACCACAAGAGAAGUCAAGUCAGAGGAGUCCACCUGCUCGGAGAGCUGCCUUCAGAAGUACCUAAAGAUGACCCAACGCAUCUCCAUGCGCUUCCAGGAGUACCACAUCCAGCAGAACGAAGCCCUGGCUCAGAAAGCAGGCUUAAUGGGACCACGGUAGACCAAAUUCUGCCCUUUACACGCCAGGAGUCGCCCAUCCAGUCUGGUCCCAACUCAAUGUGAAUCAGUGGAUGGCUAACACCAGCCACAAACUUGUCCUUGUCUACCUCCUCUACUUCUUAGGCUGGGGCUGAUGACUGCUUGGACACUUUUAUCCAGAAAAGCCUGAUCAUGAUGUAUGAGAUCAUGUUGAGUUGUUAUCCAGGCAGAACAUGAGAUAAAAAUAAAAUAGCUACUUUUGUUUUUAUUAAAGUCUGUUGAAUAAGGUAAUGACAAUCCUGGGUAUUAGUUUGUCUCCUUUAUACUAUGAUAAUGUUUCUGCACCAUUCAUUAAACUAAAUUGUACAUUGGCAUACUGCUAAAUUA